AUGCAAGAAAAGCUGCCUUACAAUUUUUAUUUUAUCUGCUGUGAAAUGGCCACCAAAUCUCGUGCCAUUGCUACAAUGGUGGCUCCUUUUUUUCUGGUAACCAAGCUAGGGUAAAUUUUACAAAGAUACAACACCGAAUAAAUUAUACCCAACAGAUACGGCUCGAUAUGUAGAUGGCCUUGGUGACAGUGACUACGGCGAAACCAUAGGCAUGGAUGCCUAUAGCGAAGCUCUUUUGGAGAAAUGCGACAACUGGAAUUAUGCAGUUUGGCCUCCAUUCAUUUGUGCUCGUAUUGGAUUGCCCCUUUGGCUAUGUAUGCCGCGUUUCGUCCACCCCAACAUACAAUAUUCCGACCAGCAUCGCUACCUUCCCAACACUUCUCCGUGUGAUUGAACUUACGUGGAAAUCUAAAGCGCUAAUUCGUAGCACAAUCGCUGAAGUGGAAUCGUACGUGGAUGAUAGAGAAGUGAAUUUGAUGAGCUCAAGCUACAGUAAGACCUCACCUUCGCCGUCGUCUCAACAACGUCUUUGCAUACCGUAUUGCGUCUCUACGCCAUAAAAAAUGUACCUGUAAUUUCUAUCAUGACCAAAGAUUGCUAUGCUCUUUUUUAUUGAUCUGCAUUCUGGCCUUUAUGUUUUCUCUGCUUUAAUAUCUUGCCUCCAGUACUGCAUCAUUUUUUAUAAUAAACAUAAAGCGCGUGGUCACAAUCCUGUAGUAAAA